CAUGAUACUUGCUGUUGGACUUCCCAUGAUAUACAUUUGGCGGCAGUCAUUCUCCCGCGCAUCAUUGAACCGCAGCCACGCACUUUGAACCGCAGCAGGCACCAAAUAGGUCACUAAGGCAGAGCCAUGAUUGCAUCACCGUACCGCUCAGCGAUGACGUCAGCUACAUCACUCGGCUGUUGGGCAUUGUUCGUGGCAGAGAUGACCGCAGCCAUUCCCCGCUCAGCUGAUCCGUUGGUACAAGACGACGCGCUGCAGCUGGCGAACGAAAUCCGUGACCGGUCCCCAGAGAGCUGGAGCCAGUGGAUGCUGGGUGCUCACUAUUCGAGGAAGCUGCAGAGCAACGACAUGGACCAGCAGCUUGACGCGUUGUGGGCGAUAUCUGUCAUGCUCGCCAGCAGCGUUGACCCUGCAAGUGACGCUGCUGGAUUGGUUGAGCUCUUCCGGCCGGCCCUUUUCGCCCUCAUGAGAGACUUUCGGGUGGACCGAUCUGUUCAACUUGAGGCGGCGACAGUCUUGCAGCAGAUGGCAGAGACCGGCGACCAGGCCACCGAUGCUCUCGCGGGGUGAGUGAGUGAGUGAGUGAGUGGCUGAUUGACAUGAAGCUGGAGGCUCACUCACAUCAAUUGUCGGUCUGUCUGUCUGUCUGUCUGUCUGUCUGUCAGAGCUGGUGCCCUUCCGUCCCUCAUUGAAACCCUCAGGCGCACUAAGGGACUGCCAGAAAUCGACAUCCGAGACAUCGCGAGCCGCUUGGCUGUCGUCGUGGAUCAUCUGCAGUGGGUGGAAGGAGCAGUGCUCGAGACAUCUAACGUCUUACCGACGGUCAUUCAGCUGCUGGAUCAUGACCAUGAGAGCAUCAAGAUGACCGCAAUGUCGAUGCUCGCCUUCUCCGGUAUUUGGAUGCACCAGUCCCGGCAUCGCCACUGUCCAGAUGUGCAACUCGGUGUGGCCGAAGUUUUAGUCAAGCAUGAGGUGGUGACGAAGCUCUCGCCCUCCCUGUUGUCAACGAACCCGGAUCUCAGGAGGACAGCCGCCUCCACGAUCCUUAUUGUCCUUCUCACGGUGCUGCCAGGUGUAUGCGGGAGCGAGAGGAAGCAGGAAGGGGGCACCGUCAGUCUUCAGGAGAUAGUUGACACUAAUGUGUUGCCCAACGCUUUCAACGCCCUCAAACGUGCCGAAGUUGAUGGCUCCUUGGUUUAUGCUGAGGGUCUUAUUGAUGUGUCUUACUCGAUCCUGAUUUGGGCCACGUGCAGCUCGCUUCUAUCAGAGGGAAACGAGCAACAGGUAUGCCGGACAUUUCAGCCAGGUUAACAAGGGUAUUUUGUUGGUUCCUGGAUCCUCUUGUUUGUGCAGCGUAGAUAUGCGGUGGACAAUUUAUGCCCUGACCAAGUAUGUGGACUUUGCCCCCGGCGCGAUGCGCACGAUCCUGUUGUUCUCACGAUGCUCACGUCGCUUAAUGAGAUACUCCGGUAUGCAGCAGAGCGCUGGUUCUCACUGUCACUGUCAUUAUGAUUGGUGGCAUGGUGUGUCGAUCAGGAACGAUGCUGUCUUGGGCGAAGAAAUUGCCGAUAUCAUAUUCAGCAGGGUGAGGGCUCAUUCGCUCGCCCAUGCACUCAUGGAGCAGAGAGCUUCUUUUGUCUGUUCUGCUUGCGACUGUAGGAAGGAUGCCAUCGGACGAUCGAGAGCCUUACCAAGAGCUCCGGACCUCGUUUUGCUGCUGCGGCCAAGGAGCUUAUGCGUGCACUGUCCAACCACGCGACGAGGCUACAUCCCCUGCCAAGAGACGACGGAAGGGUACGACACAUACGCGCUGUGAAGCGUCUCCAUGAAUGUCUCCAUGAAUGUCUCUCCCUUUCUCUCUUGCCUGCAGCCGUCCUCUCUCUCGACGUCACCACCCUGGGUUGGAGGCGGCAUGUUCCUUUUUGUGGUGGCCCUGUCAGGGCUGUGGUGCUUCGUUGCCCAUCCCUGGCUGCAGCGUCGCCAGCUGCGCCAGGACGAACGGCAAGCGGAUCAAGCAGCAGCGGAGCUUCCUCGUCAAAGAAAACAGGCGAAGGGAAACAGCGACCACCAGGGCCAGGCACAGGCGGCCAACAGACAGCCGGGGACUCACCACACGGCAGCCAACCAGCCCCUGUCAGCAGCCCCUGUCCCAGCGAGACAGCAAAGCAAGAGGAAGAAACCCAAAGAGAAAGGAGCCAGCCGUCAAGACGAGGUCAAAGGAGCACCAGCGUCUGCUGCAGCUGAUGUCGAUGGGAGUACUUCUUCCACUGUCACACCCAGCGGCAGCAGCGACUGCCUGACGCCCACCAGCCCUGCAGAUGAAGUGGGCGCAUCGGCUGGUUCUCAUCAGCAGGACCAGGAGCGUCAGCAGCGGGAGGUGGCGACAGCAGAUGGUGGCGGCCAGUGGACUCAGGCGGGGGCGAGACACCGAAAGAAGAAGGCCACAGGAACGGGGUCGAGCAGGGAGGACGCAUCUUCACGACAAAAGGCUGGCCAGGAGACCCCCGAGGCAUCUCGGCAGACGGUGCCCGCACAUCAGAUGCCCCACCCCUUGAAGCCGCCCAGCAGCUCUGCAGCAAUGAGGAAAGGUGGCGGAAACCACGCGCGUGGCGGUAUCAGCAGUGCCACCUUGACGGCCGACCAGGCGCCACGCCAUACCACGCCGGCAGUGACCAAUGGUACGACAACAAGGAGGAGGGCCGCUGGGAGGGGCCUGGGGCUGCCAGCAACUAUACCACCACCACCAGGCGCGUUCCCUCCCAAUCCCUUGCUGUCGUGGACGGAGGAGGUGGUCAGCAGCUCGACAGCUCAGCGGCCACCCACACCCACACCCACACCCCCGCCCCCUCCGCCCGUCCCGCGUCAGGUCUCGUGUGAUGCUCGUCAGGCGUCCUCACCGGUGAGCUCCCCGCCACUCGUGUCUUCGGUGUGCAGCGAGACGACACCAUCUGCACCGCACCGCCGCCCACGGUACGCACUAGCCAGACAGGCAGACAGACAGACAGAGACUGUUGGAUGUCGUUAUGUUGUUUGUCUAUCGCUGUGCUGAUUCAGGGACGGGCGGUCUCAUGCCGUGCAGCUCGAGAGAAGUGCUGCCAGCAGAAGCAGUGUGGCUGCGGGAACGGUAGACUGUCUCAUUUGUUUCGGCGAGCACGGCCCUGCGUCCGUCAUGUACAUCCCCUGCAGACACAUGCACACCUGCACCAAGUGCUACGCUGACCGCAAGAAUGCAUGGCAGCAGAGCCUCCCCCGCAUCAAGGCCGAGAAUGCCCGGCGGGCUGAGGAGAACAAGGAGCGCAUCAAGCGAGACGAGGAGCCGCUGCCAUUGCGACCCGAGGGAUACCAGUGCGAGCAGUGCAACACCGAGGUGGUGUUUACGGGGUCGGUGGAUGCGGUGGCCCGCUGGGCCACCAGCCCAUUCAUGUCACAGCCGACCUGACUGAGUGGAAGUUUCAUAGCACAAAGGGGUGGGUGGGAUGGGAUGGGUGCAUGGCAUGGCUGUCGGAAAGACAGGAGCAUGUUGCCUGCCUGCCUUGUGUGGGUAUGCAUGUGUUUACGUGUGCAUUGAAGGUGACUGACUGGACUGACUAUGAGCAUCCUCGAUGCAGGUGCAGGCAGGUACAACACAAAUAGGUGUCAUAUAUGUCGAGAACGAAGUAGGUCGUGUGUGUCUUGCUGCGCAUCUGACCCUUGCAUGCGCCUCGUUGCGAAAGUUUGAGAAGCGUGUGCCCUGUACGAACUGGUGGCAAUGUGGCAUCAAUUGCAUGGUAGACGCUUCAGGGGAUUCUGAGCAUGUUGAGUUGAAUGAGAGACGCUUUUUAUCUCGCACGCACCAGAUCUGACC